AGACUUUCUGUCGCACGCCACCAGAACGUCCACCGGCUCGAAUAUUAAUCGUUCGGAUCACGCUAGACGCCAUCAGCUGCUCCGUGGGCACUAAAAUGGCGGCGUAGCGUUUUCGUUUUAGCGUAGCGGGGCUAGCUCACUGGAAGCUAACGAUUAGCAUCAUAAAUGUUUGUUUUGCGUUUCAAUGACUGAAGAAAGCAGCUACAAAACUGUUGCCGUGUGUGCGUCGGUGCAUUUGUGGAAAGGUCUCGACGUAGCUUUGUGUCAUGCAAAACACAAAAGACAACGUCAAGUAAAACCUAUGCAUACAUGGACUCCAUAAAGUGAUUAAUGAAAAUCGCUUUCCACUUUGUGGCGUGAACUGCUGUAAAAAUAACGACUUACAUGUGUUCUACCGAGUUGGCCUUUGAAUAGAGUCUGUUUCAAGCCUAAACAACAGAGGGCGCCAGUGGGCAGCUUGAUCAUUCUGGCUGGCUGAAAAACCGCAAUAUCGAAAAACCAGAUACAAACAUGUUUUUUUCCCGUUUUACCCCUCCUACACACUUUAAAUACAUUUAAACUCCUUCAAAUAGACUUAAACUUGUUGAAAAAUACUUUUGAAAGUAUUCCAUAGAAUGUCACGAAAUGGAUCAUUGUAUAACAUUGUUAAUGUUCAAUUGUUUACAUACACUGUUUUAUUUCAUGCAAACAUUUGUAGAGCUUUUUUUACUUUAUUAAUUUGUGCCAUACACCAAACAAGAUGCCCAGGCCUCACAGACUUACAAGGCACCAAAAUACAAGACAAAUAAGAGCAAUGAAGCGGUGUCGAGAGCAACUCAUCACCGUAGCCAUCAGACAGGAACAAAUCAAAUUUUGAAUAGAAUGUUGCUUAUCGGCUAAUAGACCUUCCAGUCCUUAUUAAACAUCAACUUGAGUCAAACAUAACGCGUCCUCUUCCACAGUUGAAAGGCAAUCAAUGCAAAGCAUGCAAGAUGAAAAGCUUUUUGUGUAAAGAAAAAUGCGUGCGAUGAGCGCGGCGGCAGGAGAGCAGGACGGCGCCGCGCCGGAGACGCUCAAGUCGCUCACACUGACGCAGGACAGCGAGGCCAGCGUCGUACUGCGUUGCCCCGCCGGCGCUACGUCGCCGCCCUCGCCUCCGCCCUCGCACGCACGACAAUACGGCGCUCACGUGCGCAUGCGUGCAGAUGAAGAGGGCGAGCCGCCGACCAAGAAAGCCCGCGCCUCGCCGGAAGGUUCCGACGCGUCCUUUUCUCUCAUCGCGAUGCCGGCGGCCGAGACCCGCAAGAGCUUCGAGGUUACCAUGACGACAACGGCGCCGGACGACACCGCGGCUCAGGAGGGCGUGGCGCAGAUUCAGGUCCUGUGCGACGACAGCGGCGCCGCUCUGUCGCCCGACGACAAGGCGGAAGUGUCGGCCGUCAGUCAGGCCUGGUUCACCACCAAAGAAGACAAAGACACCCUCGCCAACAAAGGUCACAAGUGGAAACAAGGAAUGUGGUCCAAAGAGGAGGUCGACAUUCUCAUGAGCAACAUCCAACAAUACGUCAAGGGUCGCGGCAUCGAGGACCCGGCCGAAAUUAUCUUCGAGAUGUCCAAAGAGGAGCGCAAAGACUUUUACCGCUCGGUGGCGUCGGGCCUCAACAGGCCGCUCUUCGCCGUCUACAGACGAGUCCUGCGCAUGUACGACAACCGCAACCACGUCGGCAAGUACACCCCAGGAGAGAUAGAGAAGUUGAAAGGGCUGAGGGAUCGCCACGGCAACGACUGGGCGACCAUCGGCGCGGCGCUGGGCCGCAGCGCCUCGUCCGUCAAGGACCGCUGUCGGCUGAUGAAGGACACGUGCAACACGGGCAAGUGGAGCGAGGAGGAGGAGCGUCUUCUGGCCGAGGCGGUGUACGAGAUGGCGGGCGUGUCUCCGGGCUCGGCGGUGACAGGGGGCGUGUCCUGGGCCUCGGUGGCCAACCGGGUGGCCACGCGCUCGGAGAAGCAGUGCCGCUCCAAGUGGCUCAACUACCUCAACUGGAAGCACAGCGGCGGCACCGAAUGGACCAAGGACGACGACCUCCACCUCACCCGCAGGAUUUUGGAGCUGGACGUGAAAGAAGAGAACGAAAUCAAGUGGGAAGAUCUGGCGGGCGGCUGGAGCAGCGUGCGCUCGCCUCAGUGGCUGCGCUCCAAGUGGUGGAGCAUCAAGAGACAAGUGGCCAAUCACAAGGGGAUCCCGUUCCCGGUGCUGCUCAAGGCGCUCCACGAGGUGAUGAUGUCAUCCUCGCAGUCGGCGGGCGGAUCGUGCAGCCCGUCCUCCGUCUCCUCGCUGCAGAUCCGCGUGGGUCGCUUGGAGGAAAGCGGUGGCGGCUCGGCGGCGCUGCAGAUCCCGCUGCAGAUCGCGCACCUGGACUCUUCGGCGGCCGGCGGCGAGGUUGACACAAUCACGCUGAACGCCGGCGCGCUACAGGCCUUUGAGAUUAUUCCGUCAUUUCAGCUGCAGCCCACCAGCACGCCGGGCACGUACUUGCUUCAGACCACGUCCAGCCAGGGUCUGCCCCUCAGCCUGGCCAGUAACAACACAGUUACCUUGACGACGAGCUCCUCCUCCGCAUCCCACGAGCACAUCAUCUUUCACAGCCUGGCGACGGACGGCCUGUGCGCCAGCGAUGGCGUCAUCAUCCAGACGGUGGCGUCAGAGUCGCUGAUCGUGGAGACAGAGGGACGGCGGCAGGAGGAACGUCUCGACACUUCCGGUCUUCUGGAACAUUCGGAAAAAGACAGUGAGGAGCCAAUGACGGACGGCUUCACUGACAAGCAGCUUACUUCGCCCGCAGCCGAGGUGCAUUCUGGGAUAGCCGCUGGCGGCGCCGUCCUGAUCGUGUCCCCUCCCAAUGUGGGCAGCACGCUGACAGAUCCCAUCUUGGAGAACCAGGAUGGGUGCGACUAGGACCAGGAGCUUGGGAAGUCAAGCUUGUUUUUUUUUUUUUUUUUUUUUUUUUUUUUUUAAAUAUAUGAAGACUUUUUACAAGUGCCAAUUUUUCAAAAUAACGACAACGUUUCUGGGCUUGUGAUGGAAUGAAGAAGAAAUGGUGACUCGGUUGAGUUCAGGUUACAGGUUAUUUAUUUCUUCAAAUAUUAAAUAAAAACAAAACGAAAACAUGGCUUUGACAAUCCUAAAGUCGUCGUGAGCUUUUACUCUUCGGGCUCAUUUUCUCGUGUGGGAACAGAGAAAACGCUAAAAGUGUCAAAUGUAAAAAAUAAAACUCCUUUGUGGUGUUUUGGUUGGAGCACAUAAGCGCAAGAAGUGUUUAUUCAUAGUUGGAAGUGCUGAGGUACGCGUGUUUUCUCCAUUCUUCUCGACAACCUAUCACAAGGCUCUGUGUACCUUUUGACUAGAGCUUGCGAUUAGAAAUGCAAACACGCCGCCCUGCUAAGCUACCUGGAAUGUGCGGAAAGAGUUUACAUUUGGCAUAGAAGAAAAUAAAGUUGCAUAAUUAGGUUCGCCUUGGGCUCUGUGCCACGGAAAACCGUUUCAGGAUUUUUCUUAUCCUUGAUAUCCAGCUUCAUCUAUGUACUAGUAUACUCUUUGUCCUCACUAGUAAGACAAUUCAGCGCACUAGGAGAAAAUCGUAGUUUUGUAUCCACUACUGUAUGGCAAACUAGUAGGACAACUACAUGCUACUAGUGAGGCAAAACUAUGGACUGGUGGACAUCUGCCCACUACUAGUACAAGUAGUAAAACGCUAGGUGUUAACUCAUUGAAUUUUAUGUCAGUAGUGGUACUAGUCACACAUGGAUGUCAACUAGUGGCUCACUGGUAAUAUGUACAGUCGUUUUCCUACUCUUGAGGACAAAGAGCCUACGAGUGAAGCUGGAAAUCAGCAUCAUGAAAAGCCUCACGAGUAAGACAAAUCUAGCGCACCAGUAGAACAACUGUCUUACAUAUAACAUGUUUUCCACUACCCUAGGACAUUUCUGUACACUUGUAAGACAACUUUGGCAUAAUACUAGAACUACAUGUUGAUUGUGAGGCAAAACUACUCGUAGACAUUUUAGUGCUACUAGUAGAGUGCAGUUGGCUACUAGCGUGUAACAUGACUAGUGUUUCUGUUGCAGCACUUUAGUUUACCCGUAAUGUUUAAAUGCAUAUUAGCAGGUCAAAAGUGUUACUAGUAGUGGAUUUUUCUCUCUUCUUUUUUGUAAGACUGUCGUUCUACUAUGGUGCUAAAAUGUCUUACUAGUGAGGACAACGAGUGAACUAGUACCUAAGCUGGAUGUCAAGAAUAUGGGUUAAAUGCUGAACCGCUUUCCAUACUGUGUCCCCUCCUACAAGUCUGGCUGCCGUCGCCAUGGUAACAGCAAGCCAAAAAAGCCACAGAGUUAAAGGGCUGGCUUCAUUGUGUCGUUUGUGAGGCUCAUCAGACAAACGACAAACAGCUGCGGGACAGGAGUGCUUUUAUGUCUCGCUUUCCCAGUGUGUAAACACGUCCGGUCCGGUCCAUCGAGAGGUCCCGUCCGUCCGGCGCGCCUCGCAGUCCCGGCGCACGUCGACGGCUCACCUGACGUCGUGGAAGUAGAGGUUGGCACACAGACACAGCAACACGAUGGACGCCAGCUUGUAGUAGAUCAGGUUACGGAAUUUGGGCUCCAGGUCGCCUUGGCGGUACCAGAAGAUCUGAGAGGAAAGGAGCAAAUGAACCGUUUUGUUUACGGAACUGACAAAGAGGGUUUUUGCGUGCGUACCAACAAUAUGGUGGAUCCGCAGGCGAGCAGGAUGCAAACGGCGAAGAAAACGUUGAGCGGGCGCGGAGGCAACGAAGGGAACACGAAGGAGCUGAUGACUGUCACCUGCAAGGUAAACGCAUCAGUCAAUCACGUCAUCAUUCACUGCAUCCGGCAAGUCUUCAGGGCGCGUUACGGCCUGAGUUCCAAAAGAAAGAAAUCCAAACUUAUCAUAAAGAAGAAUGGAUUCAAUUCAUCUUUUUCUUACAGCUGUAAUACAGAUGUGGAAAAAGUGAAGAGCCGUGACUACUUAAGUGUUCACUGGGCUUCUCCUAUACAGAUGUUUAGAAUUUUGAAGAUAAGAGUAUAACAAAGUACAACGUAGCGUUAUAUAGAGCAACACUUCAAGCAUUUUAAACCAAGUACUACUUAAAAAAAUGCUUAGGUCUCAAAGUACUGCCAUUAUAGUGAACAUUACAAUACAGUUGCAUUGUAGGCUUAAAUGCUAAUAUGCUUAUAUUAAACAUAAAAGUUUUUAAAAAAUAAAUAAAAUGCGCCUAGAUAACUGUUCAAAAACAAACAGACACAACUGAAAUGUAUUGAAAAAAUGUGCUCGACUGGAUGGAAAAAAAAGUUCAAGCCCCUGCAGCAUGAUGCCGUUUGAACAUUACCACUGUGCUGAAAUGUCGUAACAGAAAAUUGUACUCAAAAAAGUACAAAACAAAACGAUGGAAAUAAAUGUUUAAAGAUUCCAUUAACAUAUUUAUAGGAGAAAAAUAUUUUUGGGACCAAUUAUGUGAAAUUGGAUCACUUCCCUGACGAUCUUGAAAUUUAAAAUCUUUGUCAUAUUAAAAAAUGCCUUGCUAUAAAUCACUGUUUAUAAAAAGAAAACUGUAAAAUGUAGUGAGGCCUAAUCUUAGGAAUACAAAGUGCUGACUCAAGUGUUUUAGGAAUAAAAAACAGCUGAGUGGAUGUUAAGACAAAUAGCUGACACUCACAAAACCACACGCACGCACACACGGCGAUGCGCACAUACCAGCACAACAAGAGCCGUAAAUCCUCCCACUGCCAAGUUGAUAAUGCGAUCCUGGGACAAAAAAAAUAACUUGGAUCACGUGACGAACAUCAAAUCAUUCAGCGUUUCCAUGGCAACACAUGACUACAUGGAGAAAAAGAAUAUAGGCCUGUGAGUAUUUUUUUUUUAGUCUGUCUCCAUGUGUUGCUGCACCAUUUGUGUUAGUUUUGUAACACCGUGUCAUUGAUGCUUUUCGCAAGUCCAUGUAUGGCGUGUUAGCAUUAAGCUAACAGGACUUUGCUGAGGCCAAGCUAUUCAACAUUUCUUCCCAUGGAAAUUUACUGGAAAGUCAGCGAGCGCCAUCCUACCCGUGCCGACGUCUCCCCGAACAGAGGUCUGUUGUCCAGGCCGCUGGUGCCGUACGUCCUACUGCCGAACUCGUCCAUGGCUCGCACGUACGCCACUCAGCAGCGCCACCACCUGGACGCACUGGGCCAGUGUCGCAUGCUAGCCCCGGCUUCCUAGCGUCCUGCCAUGUCGUCGAGGGGCCGAUGGGACAUUUGGGAGUUUGCAACGACACUUUAGUCUGUGCAAUAAACACAAAAGUUAUGAUUUUUGGUCAAGUCACAAAUAUGUUAGGCUCAUAUACAGUUGGUAUUCAGUGAUGUAUAAAAUUUUGCGAGAAAAGUGAUUUGAAUGCCUGACUUCCACUUUUUUGUCAUGUGUUGAUGCGGCAGAAAGAGGAAGUUGAAAGUGCAACAAAUCUGGA